GCUCUGGAGGCGGGAAUGAAAAUACACUAAGGGACGAACUUUAUUUUUUUAGAGGGGGCUUGGGUAUUUUUCUGAGGCAUGAAAUGUUUUUCACCCCCAUAGGCUGUGCAUGAUCUUCUUUGGUGGGCAAUAGCCUGCACGAGAAUUUACUGAGCAUCAGAAAACUGGACAUGGAUAGAAGGCCCCUGCAUGAUUAUUUUUUCCAGCAGUUUUGCUGUACAGGGAUUUUUUUUGGUAAUUGCCCAACCUAAAAAAUAAUGGUCCGUCCCUAUUAAGUAUAGAGCGAACUCGGUCGACAUCUACAAUUUGUCACGCAAUCUUUCCUCACGCAACCCUCGUUAGGGAAGGGUGCGUGACGAUCCUAGACUGCGAGCAGUCUCACCUUUGCUCGAACAUCCGUGGGGAAGAACGCAAAGAAGAACUCAACACAAUUGAGCAGUCGAGAGCGUGCGAGCGUGACAUGCGAAGCGCGCGCCGCUUGUAUACCGCGCUCGCAGGUUCAACUUGUUUUGCGUUCUUCCCCACGGAUGUUUGAGCAAAAGAGAGACUGCUCGCGGUCUAUGACGACUCAUACUAGUAAGAACGUCUUCGCAGGAGGCUAAUAGUUUAAAGACCUUGAAUAAUUAUUUUACAUCAGAUGCAGUCUCGAGGAAUUCUGGCCCAUUUUCCCGGACCAAGAUACGGCCAUACGGGCACCGUACCCACUAGGGGGUGGUGGGGAGGAGUGCGCUCUGACGAUGACCGCGAAAUAUUUUAGUUUGUCGCACGCUAGGGAGUUACAUAAAGAAAGAAAGAAAUGGCGACGAUACUACUUGUUGUUGUUUCACUUUUGACGGUGAACUCUGCUUUGGCGGCCAGAAUUAUAGGUAUUACUGGAGAGUCUUCGGGAUCUCACUAUUUCGUGGUGAGGAAAGCAAUGGAAGAAUUAUCGUCACGGGGACAUGAGGUAGUUCUUGUAAAGCCCUCCAUGGAGAAAGAAUCAAGAUCAGAUGAAGAGAUUCCUCAUAAGACGUACCAAGUCCCAUUUGAUUCUGCUUUUCUUGAAAAAAUUGUAAUAAGAAUGGCAAUUGAAGAGGGGAUGUUGAAGGCAAUUCUCAAAUUGAAUGAACUGCGAAGAGUUGAUUGUGAACACUUGUUAAAUGACACAGAACUACUUCAAUCUCUGCAGAAUUUUGACUUGGUGGUAUAUGAAGCAGCUGCCAUAUGUAGCGUGUUAGUCGCUGAUCUUCUUGGUAUUCCUCAUGUUGUAAUAUUUCCAAUUUCACCAAAUGUUGCAACAUCUUCAUAUUACCAGAUACCCCUUCCUGUGUCAUAUGUUCCUGUACACAUGACUAGCUUUACCAGUAAAAUGUCCUUCAUACAGCGUCUUAUGAACUUUGGAAUGUACAUUUUUUCUCAAUUUGCGGCACAUUUUAUGUUUGCCACUUCCAUGGGCCACCUCAAGGAGAAGUACAACAUCACGCCUGAGAUAAGCUACCAUGAGGCUCUUGCAAAUUAUGAACUGUUGAUUAUUGAAGCAGAUUUUGCUCUGGAAUAUCCACAGCCACUUCUGCCAGGUCACAUCAUGGUUGGUCCCAUUACCGUACAACCUAAAGUCAACCCACUCCCCCCUGAUUUAGUUGAUUUUAUCAACAGUGCAGGAGGGAAUGGAUUCAUUAUUGUUUCUUUUGGGUCUUAUGUACAAACAGUUGUUCCUAAGGAAAAGAUUGACAUCAUGGCCUCAGCUUUUGGAAAGUUGAGGCAGAACGUUUUAUGGAAGCUCAAAGGGUACAUCCCUUCGUUUCUCAAUGCUAAUGUCAAAGCAGUGUCAUGGUUACCUCAGAAUGAUCUAUUGGCUCACAAGGACAUCAAAGCUUUUGUCUCCCAUGUGGGACACCACAGUCUCUAUGAGUCAGCGUACUAUGGUGUCCCUGUGGUGGCUUAUCCCUUAUUUGGAGAUCAGCCUUCUAACGCUAAGAAAGUAGAGCAUUUUGGACUUGGAAUAGCUGUGGAUCACCAAACUGUGAAUGCCCAGCAACUUUUAGAGGCAAUAGAGAGUGUUGUCAAUGAACCAAGAUUCAAAACCGAGGCCAUGCGCAUUUCUCAGCUGAUGAAAGACAGUCCACGGACCCCGCUGGAGAAAACUGGUGACUGGAUAGAGUAUGUACUCAGACAUGGUGGAGCCCGGCACCUCAGAGCUCAAGUGUUUAACAUUCCUUGGUAUCAGUACUACCUACUUGACGUCAUAGCUUUUCUUGUUGCUGUGGUGACAUUGGUUGUCAUGGUGAUAAGAUUGACAUGUAGAUGCAUGUGUCGAGUGUGCUGUCGACGGAGCGACAACAAACCUAAGAAGGAGUGAACUGUUCUUAGUUCAUUAUAUUUUUUUAGAAAAUGUAGAAGUCAUUCGUUUGUAUGUCAUACCGUUUGAUCUCGAUUCUGGUCUCACUUAGUGUGUUCAGGACGAAACGCUACUUUAGUAGAAAAUGUACGUCGUCGUCGUGUCCGUUUUAAAAUGUUAUCAACUAUUUUUGGGGGGUCAAUAUAGCUAUACCUCGAAUCAGUCUUAGAUUGGUCUCUUUUUAGAGAUUUAAUUCAACUUUUCCGACGAGCAUCGCUACUCUGAAGAAUCAAAGCAGCUUUUAUUAUUUUUGUUUAAUUUAACAAAGCAGCUUUUAUUGGUGCUACCAUUUUCUGAAGAUUUUUGGAAGUUUUUGAAGCUUAAUGAAGAUUUUCGAGGAAGAUUCAGAGAUCUUUCGACUUCUAACCACAUAUUUAAAACAUUUAAGUAUUACAAACUCGUCAGUAAACUUGAUGCCAUCAUUAAUUAUUUUAUUAACUACUGCAGUGGCAACAGAAAAUGCUUAGAAAUCUUACUUUCAAGGGUAUUAGUCCGGGUAAUUUUAAUUUAGACCAAUUACUAUGACAGAAAAGAGCAACUUUCGCGAAAAAGAACAACUUCCUCUUUGUUUUUUUUACAAGAUGUGUGCAACUUUUUGUCUAAUUUCGAGCAAUGUUUUGAGAAAUGUGUAACAACUUGUAGAUAGCUUUACAGGAGUAAAGUGGUGGCUUUUAUGUGCAGAAUGAAUAUGAAGAUGGAGAAACCGCCCCAUAUUCGCGGCAGCGAAAGUAAGUUUCCCUCACGAAAGCUGUAGAGGGGUACUUUUUGAGAAAAUUGCGACAGACAGCGAGGAUGUCACUUGCUUGAUUCAAAUCAAUAGAGAACAGUUAUCAGCUGCAAAAAUACUCUGCCAUUUUUCUUUUCACGAAAAUGCCGUCAUGACGCCAAAUUCGUCAAACUUGAAAUGAACUCACUCCUGCCAGACCAAUUUUUUGCACCUGGUGAGACCUGUAUUAAGCGGACACCUUUGGGACCCUCACUAGUGUCCGCUUAAUACAGUGUGUCCGCUCAAAACAGGUUCUAAUAUGUUGUGCAAUAAAAUUUAAUUAUUAACUCUUUUGUAACCCAGUGUAACACGGUGUGUUACACUGUUGUACUGUCCAGUCAAUCAAAGAAUCAAUCUAGAAUUGGCUUGCUCAUUUGACGGUUGAAUUGACGGUAAAAAUAUUGCGUUUCUAACCGUUGACGGUUAUUAUUUCAUUUGGUCUUUUUUGGCCAUUUGACGGUUGAUUGUUAACCCCAUAUUGAGAACCUCCAGCGAGAAUGAGUGUUUUGCCCAAGAACACAGCACAAUGGCUGGGGCUGGUUCGAUUUCCGCGGCUCACUCGAGUCUGGUCUGCGGUCCUGGACUUCUUCCUCGAACAGCAGCUGGUAAUGGACUGAAACACUCAUUAAGCCACCGGACUUCCUUAACAGCAACAACAUCUUUAUAUUAUAACAUUUUUAGUUUAUUCAAUUCAUUCAGUAUGUUUUCGACGAGGUAACUGUUACAAUCUUGUUUGAAUUAGACUGGAGGCUAAAUAAACCGUUAGGUUUUCGAGUUAGUCUCCAGCCUAAUUAUGUCUAAUUGUAGGACAGGAGAGAUAAAGGAAGUUUACAGUUUACAGUUCGGUUUUAAUGAGGGAGAACAAAAAAAAAAAUUACUUAACUUGUGGUACUAAAUUUUUGCGGGGUCUAAUUUUUGCGAUUUUGCGGUUUUUUUCCACGAUCCGCCAGAAAAAUUCCUGCAAAACUUUUCUCCGCAAUAAUUUACUACACUGGUGAAAUUCUACAUACAAAUAUCACAAGUAGAAUCUUGUUGCUGCUAUUUAUUUAAAACGUCUCUUUCGUUCAGAGACAAAACGAUGAAAUGAGAAACAAAACGUUCAGAAAUAGAAACGUUUACAGGAAAGGAUCGUCUGAAGGUGCUCCAAUGACAAGAGCAUCUAUAAUUCCACUCAAGAGCAGGGUGUAAAUGUGAUAGAGUGAAACGGAUUACUGGAUAUUUCUGUGUUUUGCAUCUCUACAUGUUGUUUCAUUAGCCAAUUGCACGUAGUUUAAUGAAAAAUGCGAAAAACGCGACUUUCCUAAAAUUGCAAAAAUUAGUACACAGCAAGAAAAAACAACCUUUUUACAAUCACAAAAAGUAUUUCCCGCAAAAUACAAAAAUCCGCCGAUUCGCAAAAAUAAACUCCCGCAAAAAUUUAGUGCACCACGGUAAUUCGGGUUUUGGUCUGAGAGUAAAUAAUGUUUUUCUGGUUUUGAAAAAGCAAAUAGGCUAAGUUCUUAGAAAUGGGUUGGAAGCUCUUUCCAAAGAUCUACUGCCUGAAAAGUAUAAUUUGUUUUCUCUAUAUUUGUCGUUAUGCGUAGUUUGUAUAAAUUUUGUGCAGCUACUUUCCUGCAAAGCAAAAACUGCUAAAAAAGAUUGUGCAAGGGGAGCCAUGGGGACAAAAAAUCGAGCACGUACUUUCUACUAUCCAGGUCAUAUUUUUGAUGUCAAAAAAAAAAAAUGCUUGCCCAAGCUAUUGCCCAGCAAAAAAACAAUCAUGUACAGUCCAAAGGUGGGGGGAAAAAAUGAUGCCCCAGAAAAAUGCGCACACCACAU